AUGGAAGUAGUAAUAGUUGGCAUCGCGGACAUUACCACAAUUGAAGCUGGACCACUUUUACAGUAUCCAGUGUAUGACAAUUCAGGAAACUGGGCGACACGGAAACACCAACAUACUCAGAAUGGCGAAAGUUCGGUCGUGAAAAGGUCGCGUUACGAGGGGGGUGAUUACAAAGGAGUAGCGAGGGUGGAUCUAGACGCAUUUGGGAAAAUGGCCCCAUCGCAGGCACACUCCGUUACUCUUCAGAUUCCAAAUGGAUAUGGUCAUGAUUAUAGUCAGACGAUCCAGAAUGCUUCUACUCUUGUUCAACCUCCUCGAUUGACUUGCAGGCGGCAAACUACAUUUGAUCGCGAAGAAGAAUCUUCACCAGAGUGUUGCGAGCAUUUGCCAAAGAACCCUGAAAUUGCCCUUGUUACACAAGCUUGCAGCGUUGGGCUUACUCAGCUAGCGGAGACGCUCCGUUCGGGUAUAGAUUCCGAGAAGCGUGGUAUCAAUCCAGCCCACUCACAGUUGCGUCUUCUUCCUUCUGGAGAUCCACCUCCAAUGAUUGACUUUGGCCUAAAACAAACACUCCACUGGAUACUCACCAAGAUAAACAAAGUCAACGAGCUUGCCGAUAAAUUCGUUCAGCAGAUCCCUCCAGUGUCUUCAAAAAGCCCCAUCAAAAAGGAUGCCAUUCACAGUGUGACUCCAUAUGAUCCUUUAAUCAUCAUGAAACGACGUAUUGAGGAUGAUCACCAGAGAACUACGUUGAAUGACAUGGGCACAUCUGAUUCUAGAAUGCACCAAAGACGCAGGUCUAUGGCUAAAUCACUCAGCGAAGGACUUCCACCCAUAAGAACUCAAUCUCCCGACUACACCCAUUUGUCAACCGACAAUACCAGCCGGAGGCUUUCGAGUAUGAAUCCUCCUUCAGCCCCAGCUCGACAAGUACCAUCUCCACCAGGACGAGCUUUUCCGUCUCCAUCCCCGACCUCGGCCAGCUUCUCAUCUCCUUCAGGGUCGACAUCAUAUACGGGUCUAUCUGGUGGCCCCUCUCAAUCAUCAAACUCCCACACUACUAACCACAUCCUACCUCCAAUUACAAACGCGCAAUCAUCUGAUAGCGCAUUGCAAGUCCAUACAGCAGCGCUUCAACAUGAGGUUUCUAUCCAAAAGAUCGCAUUAUCAUCGUUGCAGAGUGAACACGAUAAGCUCCUUGCUGCUUUUUCCCGGUCUCAAAGUCGAGCGAGCGCCCUCGAGAAGAAGCACGAGGUUUCUGACAUUGAAAUUUUUAGCCUUACCGAAGAGAAAACGCGAUUACAUGCCCAAGUUCUCGAAUUGGAGGGAGACGUCGAGGAUCUUGCAAAAAGUAGGGACACCUACCGACAAGCAGCGGUACAAGAAGGAGCACAGUACGUUGAGAUUGCUCACACCGAGGAUGUUGGCGCAAAGUCACUCGUACCGGAAUGCAUUGAGAAAAAUGUGCCUUCAUCCAGUGAGUACAAUGAUGAAGGAUCAACCGGUAUAGCAUCGACAGAAUCGACUAGUGACGGACAACUUCGCGCCAAGGAUGACCAGGCCAAUCUUCUCAAAGCAGAAAUCGAGCGCUUGCAAAAGCGUUGUGAAGAGGUGGAAGCUGCAUUGAAAGCUGUCAGGCAGGAAAGUCGCUCAAUGGAAAGCAUUAUGGAAGCGUUGAGUAGAGCUGGAAAGGGCAUUUUGCAAAAGGUUUGA